CACCAAUAGCGCGAAGGAUAAAAAUGGCAUCAAUCCCACCAGUGAGAGGCCCUAGUAUAGGAAUGAGUGGCAAAGACUUUAGUGAUAGAGGGAACAGUGCAGCUGGAGGAAUGCUACCUUCUAACAGAGGAGGGGGAGGAGGAGGUAUGGUGACUAAUAAUACAUAUCUCGUUACUAAUAAUGCACAAGUACUCACUCCGUCAUCAAUAAACAAUCAGCAAUCAUUGUCAAUACCAGUAUCAUCCAGUAACUCUCUUCGUAAAGUACUAGUGAAGCCUAUUGCUCCUAAGCAAGGUCUUCCAAUGGGUAUGGUCCCAGGAUUAGUGGCCACGCCCAAUAACACAGGUCCAAAUUUAUUGACGUCUAGUGAUCAAGGAGGUGGAGCUUAUACUCAUAAUUACUUACAAUUACAGACACUUACCCAAAAUGCUGCCCCUCCAUUGUCUGCUGGUGUUACCGUGACAACAGAACAAGGAAAGACUGCUACCAUUCCUCCACCUUCUCAUCAACAAUCUAAACCAAAAAGGAGAACAUCGUCACAGAGUUCAGGGAGUGGCGCUAACCUAGCAUCAAAUAAACCAAGAAAACCUUGUAAUUGUAAAAACUCACAAUGUCUGAAACUUUAUUGUGAUUGCUUUGCCAAUGGUGAGUUUUGUCGGGAUUCUUGUAACUGUCAGAAUUGUAAGAAUAGUUUCCAACACGAAGGAGACAGAUCAAGAGCAGUAAAGGCAUGUCUCGAGAGAAAUCCAAAUGCUUUUAAACCUAAAGUUGGUCACGGAAGAGUUGGAGAUGAAAGGAGACACAUUAAAGGCUGUAACUGUAAAAAAUCAAGUUGUCUCAAGAAUUAUUGUGAAUGCUACGAAGCUAAGAUACCCUGUUCUCAUUUAUGUCGAUGUGUUGGUUGUCAGAAUCUUGCUGAUAGACCAGAGGGUAAAGGACUAAUGCAGUUAGCUAAUGCAGCAGAUCUACGUACCCAGCAACAGAAGGCAGCAUCAAACCAUUUCCUAGACCAGCUGGAAUUCUUUACUCCUCACUAUUCACAAAGGCUGCAAGAAGAGAAACAACGCUUGCCAUAUUCAUUUGUCAAUAAAGAUGUCACUAAGGCAACAACUUUAUGUUUGUUGGAAGAGGCCAGUCAUUGUGCAUCUAGUGGUAAAUCACCUGUUGAUAUUGAGAGGGCUGUACUCAUUGAAUUUGGCCGUUGUUUAGAACAAAUCAUUAACUCUUCAGAGACAGCAAAUCAAGUGCAUAGAGAGGGUGUGUCUGGAAUGGUAUAAACACAUUAUAAAUGAACUAAAAACUAACAAACAAACACUCACAUUAAUAUUAAUGAUGUUAAUUUUAUUUAUCAAUAAUGCCUUAUUAGUCUUCACUUGA